AAACGUGACCGUGAACGCAACAGCAGCCGCAGCAACACAGAGACGUAUCACACGGACGAAGCUCUUCCAGUCAGCCUGGAGUUUUAUUACUUUUCAUUUAAAACUUCUGUUCAUCUGUAAACUAAACUACAAUGUCAGCCUCUCGUACUGUAAUAUGUUUACUGAGAAACGACCUGCGACUUCACGACAAUGAGGUCCUCCACUGGGCUCAGAGAAAUGCCGAACGCAUAGUCCCUCUGUACUGCUUCGACCCCAGACAUUAUGUGGGCACGUACAACUUCAACCUGCCAAAGACGGGACCUUUCCGUCUGCGCUUCUUACUGGAGAGCGUCCGAGACCUCAGAAACACGCUUCUCAGCAAGGGCAGCAAUCUGGUGGUGAGGAAGGGUAAGCCGGAGGAGGUGGUCGCUGACCUUAUCAAGCAGCUCGGCUCCGUUAGCAGCGUGGCUUUCCAUGAAGAGGUUGCCUCUGAAGAGCUGAACGUGGAGAAAAAGGUGAAGGAAGUCUGUGCUCAGCUGAACGUGAAAGUUCACACCUGCUGGGGCUCCACGCUGUUCCACAGAGAAGACCUGCCAUUCCACCACAUAUCCAGGCUGCCUGAUGUGUACACUGAGUUCAGAAAGACGGUGGAGAGCCAGAGCAGGGUGAGGCCUGUGCUGCUAACCCCCGAGAGGCUGAAUCCCCUUCCCCCGGGGAUGGAAGAAGGAGCCAUUCCCACAGCGGAGGACCUUCAGCAGACUGAGCCGGUGACUGAUCCGCGCUCAGCUUUCCCUUGCACUGGUGGAGAAAGUAGUGCCCUUGCAAGACUCAAACACUAUUUUUGGGACACUGAUGCUGUGGCGACUUACAAAGAAACUCGUAACGGCUUGAUCGGGGUGGAUUACUCAACUAAAUUUUCACCAUGGCUGGCUUUGGGAUGCAUUUCUCCGAGGUAUAUUUACCAUCAGAUCAAAAAGUAUGAGAGGGAGCGGACAGCGAAUCAGAGCACCUACUGGGUCAUUUUUGAGCUCUUGUGGAGGGACUACUUCAAGUUUGUGGGCAUUAAGUACGGAAACAAAAUGUUUCAGGUCAAAGGGCUUCAAGGAAAGUCUGUUCCAUGGAAGAUGGAUACGAAGCUGUUUGAUGCAUGGAAAGAGGGCCGUACAGGGGUGCCCUUUGUAGACGCUAACAUGAGAGAGCUGGCGCUGACAGGCUUCAUGUCCAACAGGGGGCGACAAAACGUUGCAAGCUUCCUUACAAAGGAUCUGGGCCUUGACUGGAGACUUGGAGCUGAGUGGUUUGAAUAUCUGCUGAUUGAUCAUGAUGUCUGCAGCAAUUAUGGGAACUGGCUGUACAGCGCUGGCAUAGGAAAUGACCCCAGAGAAAACAGGAAGUUCAACAUGAUCAAACAAGCUCUCGAUUAUGACAACAACGGGGAGUACGUGUGCCGAUGGGUUCCAGAGUUGGGCGCUAUAAGAGGGGCAGACAUUCACACGCCCUGGAACCUGAGCUCUGCUACACUGUCACACUCUGGUGUGUCGCUCGGUGAGACUUACCCAAACCCCAUUGUCACGGCGCCUGAAUGGAGUCGACACUUUAGCAAGAAACCGGGCGGUGCAGGACCAUUGCCAAGAGGAAAGAAAGGCCCGUCUCACACUCCCAAGCAGCAUCGAGAUAAAGGCAUCGACUUCUAUUUCUCCAGAAGUAAAAACCUGUGAGAUGUCUUACUGCAGAGGAUGGACGGUCCUUCAAUCUUGCAAAUUCAGAGUUGCAUGUGCUGUAAAUGUUUACACAGUUACAUAGGGAAGUUGUCUGAAGAGAAUGUUUAUUUGUUUGCUACUGAAAGCUGAACUGAUACUAUCAAGCCUUGCAAAAGCAUUCACACCCCUCGAACUUUUUCACAUGAAUGUAUUUUAUUUGGAUUUGUGUUGACAAACUAACACAAAGAUUUGCUUAAAAUAGGAGAUCUGAAAAAUGUGGUAGUUAGCUUCGUUUACACAUCUGCCACUAAAUCCAGUGCCAUUGCUUUUAGAUUCCCCAAGAUUUCAACAUUUUGCGGAGCCCUGUCGAUUGGGAAACGUACAAAGACGUAGAUGUCCACCUAAACUGACAGGCCUGAGAAGGAGAGCAUUACUUAGAGAAGCAGCAAAAUACUCCUGAGAGCUUUGGGGGAGCUGCACAGAAUUGCUCUUCAUGUGGGAAAAGUUGUUGCCAGUACAAGUGUUACUCGUUUACUCCACAAAUCGGAUUGUCGCUGAAGCAUUUUAAGAAAAAGGCUAUUGAAAGAAAUCCAAAAGAGGUCCCAGUUGCAGUUUCCCACAAGCCAUGUAGUAAAAGAAGACACCAAGGUUGAAUAAGACGAACAUUGAACCUUUUGGCUGAUGUGCACAUCACUCUGAACAUAAUAGCCUGAUGGUGGAAAAGGGUAGUUACUGCGUCAUGCAAUGGGGAAGAUUUUCUUUAGCAACAACUUUGUGAUUGGAAGAUGGAUGUAGUCAAAAAUGGGGCAGUCCGAGAAUACAGCCUGUUAGAGGCUUCAAAAGACUUGUGUGGGAGGUUCAACUUCCUUUAGAACAUUUACACCAAGCAAACAGCCAGAAUACAAAAGGAUUUUUUUAGAUUCAAAGAAAUCAAUUAGUUAUAAAGGCCAAGUCAAAGUCCAGAUAGAUUAAAAUCCAAUCUAAAGAAUCUGUAACAUGGCUUGAACGUUGACGUGCACAUCUGCUCUCCAUCCAGUCUGAGCUGAAGCAGAAUGGGUAGAACUUUACAAAUCUCCUCUAGAUAUAACUUAGUACUUGCAGCUGCAGUUACAAUAAAAUAUAAUUCUACAAAAUAUCUCCUCGGGAAGGGCUGAAUGAAAAUGCAUGCCAUGAUUCUCAGAAUUGUGUUAGCCCACCACAUAAAAUACAUUUUUGCUUGUCAUGUGACAGAGUGAAAUAGUCCAAGGCAUAAAUACUUUUGCAAGACACUUCAUGUGCCUUAUAAACUCUUUUCAGAGUCUCAGCUUCACUUCCUGUUCUGGGCAGCUGAACCACUGAGAACUUUUCUCGUUUUUAUUUUUCAUCCCUCUUGUCGCCAUGACUGUUACAACCAGGUGGACAUGCAAUACGGAUUAUUUUAUCUACCUGAUUUUGACGCUGCAAUAUCUUUAUUUGAAUGAAUCUGGAUAAUAAAGUUAGUUUGUCAAAACUCCA